CUAAAACCUUACCAUGGCCGAUCUAGCAAGCACAAAAACGACCUUCAAAAUCGCUACUCUCACUACAUCCGCCCCCUCAACAACCUCCACACCCCCCGAAUCCUUCCUAAAAUGGGACGGAACAUGCGGCGCCGUAGACUCCUCACUCACACACUCCUGGCAAUGGGGACUCUUCAUCACGGGACUUCUCGUCGGUGCCAUCGCGUCCGCCAUCUCCAACUUCAGCACCCGAAGACGUAGCCGAAUGACCCAGCAUCUUUUCUCGCGAUACCUGAUAGCGCAACUCUUGUUUGCGGGCGUGCUAGCAAGAUUCGCUGCGACGUUGAUUGUCUGGGGGGUUGUGGCGAAGUGGAAGUCCGGGACGGAGAUUGAGGAGGCGAAGUUCAGGGCUACGCUGUGGGGUGCGUUUUUGGGAUUUCAUCCUGGAGGUGUUAUGGGCGUGCUGCAGAUAUUGGAGUGGAAGAGUAGGAAAGGGGUGGGAACGGGGAGAGGGAUGCCGAGUUGGUGUGCGGUUGCGGUUGCACAGAUUGUUGCAGAUAGUUGUGCGACGUGGUUGGGGCUGGGGAAUGUGCUAGCGUCGCAGUACGGAUACGAAGCUCCUGUCGCAGUGGGGAAGAAUAGGCAGCGGGUGUUGGUUAGUACGGAUAUGGCUGCUGCGGCUUUAAUUAUGGUUUGGUUACUUUUUGCGUAUUAUGUUUUUGCUAAGAGGGGCCACUAUGAGAUAUUCGAGAUGUGGAUAGUGAAGAUUUUGGUUUGUGUGGCAAGUGUAGCGUUGGCGGCUGCGGAGAUGGUGUUGACACUGACGGGGGCGGACUUAUGUGGAAAACCGUUGGCGCUGAGCGAUGGUAUUGGCACUGGGUUCCAGCUUGUGGUGUCGAUAUUGAUCAUGUUGGGGAGUGGAAAGGUAGUAGGCAUGGAGCAGAUGGGGCCAGGAUAG